GAAUCCACACUAGCAGUCGAAGAAAAGAAAUUGGCCAAUUCUAACCCCGUUAAGUCUACUCCUCGUACUUUCUAGUCCAUCGAAAAUGUCCGACUCUGAGCAAAAUCCCGAUGCUCCAACUCAGGAGAAAGUGAAGGAGAAGCAAGAAGACACUGAAGAAGAAAAGAAAGAGUCUGGUACACCAGCCAUGACAGCAGCUGGAAUAGAGGCAGCUGAAGAAGCCAAGCUACGCUCAAAAUAUCCUAUUGUAGGUCGACCAAUGGCAGGACACUCCGCAUUUUUGCAAAAAAGAUUGGCUAAAGGGCAAAAAUAUUUUGACUCUGGUGAUUAUCAAAUGGCCAAACAAAAGCCAGCGAAUGUGAACAAAUCCCGGAUGCCUCCUCUGUUAGCUCAGCCAACUGGAGAAGCCAUUCCCACUCCAGAAUCUGUCCCUGUCAGGAAAACUUCGAUUAUCCAGCACAGCAAAUUGACUACUGCAUCUUAAGUUAUAAACUUUCCCUGUCAUCAUCAUUUUUUUGCCAGUUGUUAAAUAUUUUAGGAGGUUUUGGAAGGCCUGUUACCUAAAAA